CUGCCACUGAUUCCAUAAGGUUGCCGGAGGACGAGAGAUGGGAAAUUGCCAGGCGGCGGAGGCCGCGACGGUGGUCAUCCACCACCCCGGAGGCAAAGUGGAGAGGGCGUACUGGUCGCUCAGCGCCAGUCAGGUCAUGGCCGCCAACCCCGGCCACUACGUCGCCGUGAUCGUAGACGGUUACCCCUCCCGGCUUCCUCCUCCGGCGCUUCAAUCGUCCACCUCCUCCUUCCGUGCUUAUCGUAGCUGCAGCGGCAGUAGCAGCGCCGGCGGAGAGGCGCCCGUGAAGCACCUCAAGCUGCUCCGACCCGACGACGCCCUCCACAUCGGCCACGUCUAUCGGCUCAUCAGCUUCGAAGAGGUAGUGAGAGAGUUCGCGUGGAAGAGGCACGUUAAGCUGAGCCGUCUGCUCGUCAAAGAGGAGGACAAAACCAGGAGGCCCCGAAGAGGACAUAGCCGCCGCGGCAGCUGCGGCAGAGCGGGCGCCACCACCAUCGCCGGAGCCCGGAGACGUCAGUCACGUAACGAUGGUGGAAGUGGAGCGGCUGAGCCAGACACAUCUCCGGCGACGGAACAGAAAGAGGAGGAGGAGGCGGCAAUGGAUGCGGAGCUGGAGGAGGUGGUGCGGGGGAUGAUGACCAUGGGGAAUUCAACAAGGUCAAGGGCCAGCUUCGGUGGCGUUGGUGGUGGUGGCGGUGGUGGAGCACCAGCGCGGCAUGGGCAGUGGAGGCCAGCGUUGCAGAGCAUCGCAGAGGUCGGGAGUUGAGCUUCUCACUGGAUGCCCUCCACUUUCUCUGGCUGAUCUCUCUCCGUGGGCUCAUAUGGGAGAACCUACUGCAUCAUCAACAGCAACAAGUGUCGUGUUUGAAUCUGUCAUCUCUUUAGUGGUCGCUUCUGUUCUUCAUAUCCGUGGUCAUCUGUUGUGUACCAAACGUGGUUGUGCAUGGCAUCUCCAACUGUCUAAUAAUUGCUUUGGAGCAACAAAGUG